AUGUCCACCAUCUCAAUUGGAAACCUUCCCCGCCUGUCCUCAAAAGCUCUCUCCGAUAUCCUUCUUUCGCACACCUCUUCGAACCUCGAUGCACCUUCUAAGCCCCAGAAUCUGGCUAUUAUUGAUGUGCGAGACGAUGAUCACAUCGGCGGCCACAUCAAACACUCCACACAUAUCCCAUCCUCUACGCUCGACUACAAGAUCCCUGAAUUGGUUCGAAAGCUCAAAGACAAAGAUACGGUUGUGUUUCAUUGCGCAUUAAGUCAGCAGAGAGGCCCCAGUGCUGCAUUGAAAUAUAUACGUGAAAGGGAAAGGAUCAUGAGCGCGGGAGUCAUCAGGGAAUCUGCAAAGAAAAAUAAAGAAGAGAAAGCAGAGAAAGCAGAAGCUGAUGACGGAGAAUGGGAAGAUAUUGUAGAGGGCUCCGAAAAGAAAGAACAAAAGGUUUAUGUCCUGGAUAGAGGAUUUGUGGGAUGGCAGGAGAUAUACGGUGAAGAUACACGUUUGACAGAAGGAUAUAGGAAGGAGGUUUGGCAGGAUGAUUAUUGA